AUGAUGAAACUUUCGAAAGAAAAGUUUGCUCAACUUGAAAUAGACACAAAUGUACUUGUAACUGUGGCGGACGUUGGUAGAGCUCGUGGUUCUCCACGAAAUAUACUAGCAGUUGUCACCCAACUUGAACACGACUUAUACAAACUCUGUACUGAACAUGGUUUUCUUAAAUACAAUUACACACGCCAAGAAAUAGCUGCUUGCGAAGAAAAUCUAUUAGAUAUGGACAAUGUGAUAAAAUUAUUAGGUGGUAGACAGUUAACACUGAGGGAAGCAGCUAGUAAUAGUUCGGUUGCGGACCCUCAAGGGUACCAGCGUUGCCAUUGCAAAACUGGUUGCAAUAAUAAGCGUUGUGCCUGCCAUGGGGCUGAAAUAUUAUGCAAUAGUAAAUGUCAUGGGAGUACAGCUUGUAAA